UAUCCCGUUAGGUGGUGUGACAAAGAUGGCGGAACAUUAACGAGAAAGAGAUCACACCAUUGACGCGAAACUAACACGAAGAACGUAGAAGACACCUCAGUUCUAUCAGCAGAAUACAAGACACAGAGGCCUGUAGAAAAAAAAGUUUUGAACAAAAAUGUCUUGCCACCGCUAGUGGCAUGCAAGUGUGUGAAGUAAGAAAUGUUUUUUCCGGUGUGUUACUGAAAAAAUUGUUGGUUGCACUUAGUGCAGUGCUGGUGUAGGUGCAAGGGAGUAAAGAAUCGAUUGCGGUAGACUUUGCAAAAGUAUCUUUAGUUAGCAACAUUUGCGGAACCUGCAACAUACAGCUUUUCGUCGUCGUCGUCGAGAAGAAGGGUAAAGACGAAAGCUGAACGUGGUGGCAGCAAGCGGUGUACAAAGCGGUGGCGAUGAAGAAAACGUCUGUGGAAGAAACAAGAGUUUGACAGCAAAUGACAGGCAGAGCAAAUAGGAAGAAAGAAAGUGGUGAAAGAACUGCAGCUCUACCCGAACAAGUUAGUUUAGAGUGAAAAAAUAGUUCAUAUUACUUGUGAAUCUAUGUGCAUUGGGGACGAAAAAUAGCAAGCGAACGUACAUGCGGAUGGUGACCAUUGACGGAGGACGAAAACACGCUCGAAACAAGCCUUCGUGCGAAGAAAACAAGGGGCAGCAAAAAUGUGCGAUGUUUGCUCCGGUUUCCUAAAUCUUCUUGUUUCGUAUGAGUCCAGAUUGAACGGCAGCAAUGACACCGAUCAACCGGUGUUUCUGCAAAAGCGAGAGGUGGAAGUGGUGCUUAACUACAUCCAAACUUGGCCAAACAGACAAUGCAUGUGCUGUUACCGGGAUGUGAAAAACUUCGAACGGUUCAACCUGGUCGUGCAGGGUAUAAUAUGCUUCACCGUCUACCAGCUGAAGAACAUCCGGAAGUUGUUGGCACAAAAUCUACUCCAGGCAUCGACGAGUGCUGCAGUCGCAGUCGGACAGACUGGGCCGAAUGUCGCGGAAACGGUUGCCUCGGAAAAAGAUGCCACUUCAAAGUCGGCCAAUGUCGACCACCAUACGAAAGAUGCCAACGAUAAGACGGUGGUGGACGACCUGCAGCAAUACAAAACCGUCCUCACAGCGGACGGUGGUAAAACGGCACUCGUUUCAAAGAAUGCCGAAAGCGAGCUUGGGAUGGCCGCGAAGCUCACAGAAGCUGAAGAUGUGAAGCACGCAGACAAACAACAGUCGACAACACCAGCAGCAAACAAUCAGCCGGCGAUGGACGAUGCCUGGACACUGCUCGAUGUGGAAAAGCUGCUGAUACUGGUGUCGAAGGUGUUUCUGCUAAACUUUCCAUUGUACGUGGCCUACAAGCAUAGUGUGCACACCCGGCUGGAAGAUGUUUCACCGCAGGAAGUACAAUCGCUGAGUUUGUUCUGCGAUUUGCACGAAAGUGAAAUAUCGGCCUUCCUGCUGCGCAACGUUUCGUUGUUUUGCAAUUACGCCGGGUUUGAGGCAAUGAUGCAUUGUUUCGAUCAGCCCGGAUUGCCUGUUUCCACCGCGCAUGCUAUCACGGCGACGAGUUCCAACAUUAAGCUGUGGAUUAACUAUCGUUCGACCGUGCAGCUGUUUAUUCCGUUGCGCGUCAAGGUGCUGCAGUACAUGUGCCGUCUGUCUGAUCAGGAUCUACGGUCGCCGGCCACCAAAUCGAUGGCGGAUUUUAUGUGGACUGCCAUCAAGGACCCGUUUGACACGCAGAUUACGUUCGAUACGGAAGGAUUGGCGCUGGCUUUCAAGUAUUUCACAUCGUCCACGUUGACGAUGCGUUUGGCAGGCAUGGCACAGAUCAAUGCACACAUCAACAUGUUCAACGAUAUCUGCACCUCGGAAACGGUGUCCGAGGUGGAAGCGGUAGGGCUUAAAUUAGCCAAUUGGCUCUCCGAAAAUCAGAUCAUUUCCCACCUGUUCGGACCGAACCUGCACGUCGAGGUUAUCAAGCAGUCGCAUAUUGUGCUUAAUUUCCUAGCGGUUGAAAAUCAAAUCACAGAGGAACACAUCGCGCUGAUGUGGCAAGCGGCCCAGCUAAAGCAUUGCUCCAAGACGAUAUACGAUAUAUUGCCUUCGUUGGUGAAAAACCUCGCACCCAAACCAGCCACACAUCUGUACUCGCUGCUGUGCCGGCUCGAUCCGAAGGAACACACGGAACAGAGCAUCUACAUUGCGUCCGCACUGACGAAAUUAAUCUGGAUGCGUGACUGUUCCCGACAAACGCUGAUCGAUAUGAGUAAAUCGGCUGGUGCCACUGUAAACGAUAUUGCGACGGGACGUGCCGAUUAUAACGAGCUACCGUCCAGCUCUGAGAACAGCGUGAGCGUGGAUGGUACGAAUAGUGAAGAUGAGCAUCCGGAAGAUGAUAGUUCCGAUCCGGAUGUGCCAUCGGUGCCGCCGGUGGUGGUAGCAGGUGUACACAAACCGCCCGGUCCUAUCCUGCGAAUGGGGCCCGACCGCGAGGGAGAAUCCGACAACGGUGCUCCACCCUGUAAGCAGGCACGCCAUAAAAUUUGUUGUGAUGAAACUACUGAUGACAGCAUCAAGGUGGAACCAGAUAUUUAUGAUGUGCAUCAGAGGAUAAAAGAGAAGAUACGAAUUCCGCUUAUGACCCGUUCGAUCACCGCCUUCAACGAGGACGCUACCAGCAGUGACGAAUGUAUCGACGUGGAUGAAGCGUUUCUGCUACGCAAAAAGUUACGCAAAAAGCGCCGUAAAGUAAGUGGUCUUACGCGCAAAGAGCUGCAGGAGCUUCAGGAAAGCGUAUCCGAUGUGGAGGACAGCGAUCUGUUAGCUGCGAUGCUUCCCGAUAGCGACUGCAGUGAUCAUAACCUGCAGACGUCCGUAUUGCGCCACAUUCAACAACAGCAGCAACAGCAGCAGCAGCAGCAACAACAACAGCAGCAGCAGCAACUACAACAACAACAACAACAGCAACAACAGCAGCAGCAGCAGCAUCACCAUCAUCUUCAUCAUCACGGUAAUGCGUUGGGUCCGGGGAUCAUUGGUAUGGGCGAUCGCGAGCAGCAACUAGUAGUUGGCCGUGCAAACAACAACGGUCUCAUGGGUGCUGCCGGCUCGCUGAAUGAUGAUGUUUCCAGCUUUAUGGGCGCAAUGGGCGAAGGCCGUUUAAUUAACUUCCUAAAUGCAGCGGAUGCGGCUGAUCAUGACGGUAGUUGUUCGUCGCCGAUGAGCAACAAAUCGGAAAAGAAUAUGGCAGACUUUGAUGAUGAGGAUUCACCAUGCGAAGAGGAACUGGCACAGUUGGCGGCACGUGCCGAAUCGUUGCAUCAAGGAUUUCCCAUCUCGAGACCUCGCUCGAUCGGAACCGUUGCUGGACCGUCACCGCUACGCGCUGGUGGUGGUGGUGGAAUGGGUUUAAUAAAACAACAUCAACAACAUUCACCACAUCAGCAGCACUCACCGGGAAUGCAUCGAAUGGGAGGCGCUACAAAUAAUGGAACGAUAAAGAUGGGCAAAGGAGGUGGUUCUACGAAAACGAAGGAUAUUCUGGCAGCUACGGCCGCUGCAGCAGCUUCUGCGGGCCCGGUUGGUACGAUGAUGAUUGGUAAUCCUUACCGAUUUCCGGACGUUUGUCUACCGGGCAACACUUUGCUGUGGGAUCUUCUUCAGGAUGAUAAAAUUGGUCAGUUGGGUGAAUCGAUUGCGCUUGAAGCGGAAAAAGUGCUCGGUACAUUGUUGUGCUUUCACACGGAUAAGCACAUUAGGACGCGUUUCAUCGAAGGUUGCCUGCAAAAUUUGGCCGAAAACCGUAGCGUGGUGACGAGCUUGAAACUGCUUCCCAAGUUGUUUGCCUCGUUUCAGCAGUUUCGCGAUGUGACAACGCAUCAGGUUGUGCUGUGGUCCGAACGGCAGCAUCGAAUGAUGUUUCACUUUUUUAACAAUUUGAAACACUACUCGUCAACUGUCCGGAAUAAUAAUUCGGCAAACAGUGUGCAGACGACGGAUAGCACCUGUCUGGGUGGACCACUGUACUCUCAUGUGACCCAGAUUCAGGUGCGCCUGCAGUUCCUGACGUCCGUGUUUAGUGACGUUGGUUCACCGCGAAGCUUCCGACUGACGUUGAAUCAAGUCGACAGUCUGUGGGCCUGUCUUGCGAACGACGCAGAGUGUAGCGAUUGUUUGUUUUCGUGGCUGCAAGGCCAGGUGAAAGGUGGCGAUACUCAUGCGCUCGGAUUAAAUGCUAUCCAGCAUCUGUACAUGAAACGUUUGUCGGAGCUAAAACCGGAAGGUAUAUCGAUGGUUGCGUUGGGCUUGUUUCAGCAACUGUUUACUCUCGGCCGGGAAGAGCUCUUUGGACAACCUAUCGAAGGUUCUGAACGUGAUCGUGAGAUGGACAAUGUGGGAAUGGAGCAUUUGUGGAAGAUAGCACUACGAGCGACAAACACCGAUGUAUCACUUUCGGCCAUUCAGUACAUCAACACAUACUACAUGGAGAAGCAGCUCAAGUAUGAGCAUCAAUUUGUGGCCCAGUGUAUGAACCAUCUGUCACAGGCCGUCGAGGAGCUGAAUCAACAUUCGGACAAUAACGGACCAGCAACGGAGUAUGCGCUGAUGUGUGUGCAGCGUGCAUUAAUGCUGCUCAACACGCAUCUCGAUACAUUCCGACGCCGAUACGCCUAUCACCUGCGACGUUGGGCUCUGGAAGGCAAGGACAUCGGAGCAUAUAAUGCGCUGCGUACUGAAGGUCCUGGCCCACCGUUAAGAAUCGUGCUGCAACCGGCAGGCGUACCGGAUAAAUCGUUCCUUAACAUGCACGCGAGCGAUCUGGUCGCCGACUUGAAGGCGGAGAUUGCAAAAUGGUGGGAAAAGUAUCAAGGCGGAGUACCGUCAGCAGCAAAAACGGCUCAGACCGCUACAGUGCAUACUGCUGCUUCUGGCAGUGUUAGCGGAGGAGAAAAUAAUAGUUCAGGCAGUCCGGCGGCAGUUCCGGUGCUUGGAAUACUGCUGAACGAUGGUCCGCUACGGAUCAUCACCCAAGGUCAGGAAAUAACGGCCGAAUACGAUGAACGCAGUUUGGCCGAUGUGGGUUUUAAGGAUAAUCAAAUGGUGUAUGUGUCCUUGGGAGGACGCAGCAGUGGUAGAAGACGCGAACAGAACGAAAAUCCAUCGCUGCAGCCUCCACCAUCGAAGGAUUGUUUACCAACGUUGUUACUCUUGAAGCCACCGUACUUUGAACAAUUGUUCCGAUUGAUGCAAACGUUGGGUGAUAUGAAAAUCAGCAUCACGGGAGAACGCUGCCAACCGAACACCAAAGCGCAGCUUCUGUCGCGUCGUGUGUGGGACAUUCUGGCAAUGCUACCCACGUGUCCAUCUUUCUUCAGUACGCUGAAAAAUCUCUCUUUUAAGUGUAGUACCAGCAUAGGCGGACAAAAAGCAAACGAAAAGCAUGAAGCUGAUGGAAGCAACAAAAUGCCAAACCUUGAUGAAAAUACUACCGAAUGUUUGGCCAAGGAAAGUGAUCCACUAUUGUCGGGAGGUGGUUGUUACACGUUGGAGGAAAUUCUUGACCCAUAUAAUUUGCAAAAGUUUAUGUACGCUUUGCACAUUGUGGAGAGUUUGUGUAAAUCAAAGUUUGUGGGUAACUGCUGUGGCGGCAGUAGCGUUUCUGGUGCAAUGCACCAGCAGAUGAAGCAGCAGAUUCCAUUCGCCGAGGGUGGUAACAACAACAACAAUCGUGGUACAUCAACCGUUGGUGUCGCAGGGACAAGUUCAAAGUCGCUGUCGGUCAAAAAUCAACUAAAGCUAAAAAUUUCCUCUUCAAAAUCAUUAAAAAUGCAACAGCAGAGCAGCCCGCGCCAGCAGGAACCGACCAUUGCUGUUAGCAACAACCGAUCGCCAUCAAGGGGAAAACGGUUAGAUUUUCCUUCAACUUCCCCAGGCCCAGGUGUGGUGAAACCAACGCCUUUGUGUAGUGAAGACGACCAUACAGUAGUUGCGCCACGAGUGGAUGGUAGUUUGGAGAAUAAGGAAAACAAACCACACUCCGAUGGUGGUCCCGGUCCAUCGAAACAAGACGAUCAGCAAACGGUAACGACCGUUUCACAACAAACGAUUGAAUGCAGUCAGGAAAGCACCAGUAACGCCCAGCAAGACACGGAAGGAUCAGAUGAACUUAAAAAACAAGAAAACAAUAAUCUGGAACCAUCAUCGUCUAGCGAUCCUAACGAAUCGUCCGGUGCCACUACCAGCUCGUCCACACGCAUAGUCGAGUGGAGCGAUGAAUUUAUGCGAUGUGGCGGUUUGGCCCACCUGUAUCGUAUCUUUCUUUCCGGUGUGCUACAAAAAUCUACCGACGGUUCCGACGAAAGUGAACUGAACGAAUGGCGACACGAUUGUUUGGCCUCGCUGUUGCGUAUCAUGUGUUUGCUCGGAAUGGACGAACUGAAAACAACCGAAGCGGAAGGUAAUGCGGUCCCGAUUCCACCGCUGAACCGUGAAACGAUGGCAUUGUUCGAGCCACGGCCAACGCUUGAACGAAUCGCUUCGAUCCUUAACGAAGAAUCGCUUCCGGUAAAUCCGAACCUGUUCAAAACGGGUAUGUUCGGCCGACCGCAAGUUAUACAUUACGCGAUGAAUCUACUUGUCUGCUAUGCACAUUCCUGCAAGGAGGUGCGCCGAUUGCUGUGGACCAUAGAUGCAAACUCACACUGGCUGCAGCGUUUGAUAUUGGAUGAUCCUGAACCAGCGGUACGACGCGAAGCUUGUGCGGCCCUUUAUCGGCUGUGUCUGGGAAAUGCACAAACGUACUAUGAGCUGAUGGCACCGUUACUUUCCAAGCUGGUGGCUCUUUUGCCUCUGGCUGAAAAUAUGAAACCACAGCCGUUGAACAGUGCGAUCGGUGGCGGUAUCUAUGGAGCGCUGUUGGCGGCCGCGGGAGACGAAGGCAAGGAACCGUACGGGCCAGCAUGUAGAGAUUAUUUCUGGUUGUUGUGUCGGUUGGUGGAUGCCCUUUCGCCGGAGUUAUUGCGAGGGAGCAACGGUGGUAACUCUACCAGCGAUGAAUUACAACCACGGGAUGCAAUUGGACUAGAUGCUAUGUGUCAGCAGGUUGCACGAAGCAUCCUUGAACGAGACUAUCUGGAAAGCCGACACGGAAGCCCCGACGAUGGUUUGUUUGGGCUUCUGAAUUUAAUGGCUAAUUUGCUUAAGUUCGAUCCCGGGUUUAAGUAUAGCCUAGCUGGACAGGAGUUUAUGAUUAGCGUGUUUUGCUGUCUGUUCGAGUUGCCGUCCCCGGAGGAUCGCGAAAAGCCGAAGUGUAAGAGUAAUGCGGCAAGGGCGGCUGCGUAUGAUUUGCUGGUCGAGAUGUGUCGCAAUGCUCCGAAGAAUUAUCUCUUGCUGCAUGGCAAGCUGAUGCAGCAACACCGCGCCGGGCCACAUUCACCGUAUCCGUGGGAUUAUUGGCCACAGGAGGAAGGUCGUUCUGAGUGUGGCUAUGUUGGUUUGACGAAUCUGGGAGCUACUUGCUACAUGGCGUCGUGUAUUCAGCAUCUUUUCAUGACACCACAGACACGGGACGCAAUCUUGUCCAUCUCAACGGAUGCACCGCAAAAGCACAAAGCGACACUGUGUGAACUGCAGCGAAUGUUUGCGUAUCUGAUGGAAUCGGAACGGAAAGCGUACUGUCCGCGUUCAUUUUGCCGAGUGUAUCAGAUGGAUCAUCAACCGUUAAAUACGGGCGAGCAGAAGGAUAUGGCUGAGUUCUUCAUCGAUCUGGUUUCGAAGCUGGAGGAGAUGACGCCGGAUCUGAAGAAUCUGGUCAAGCGCAUCUUCUGUGGGGUCAUCAGCAAUAAUGUUGUGUCCUUAGAUUGUGGGCAUGUGAGUAGAACGCUGGAAGAAUUUUAUACCGUCCGUUGUCAAGUGGCCGAUAUGCGCAAUUUGCACGAAUCGCUUGAUGAGGUUACCGUCAAAGAUACGCUGGAGGGCGACAAUAUGUACACCUGUUCGCAGUGUGGCAAAAAGGUGCGUGCCGAAAAGCGUGCUUGUUUUAAGAAGUUGCCACAGAUCCUGUGCUUCAACACGAUGCGUUACACCUUCAAUAUGGUCACGAUGCUAAAGGAGAAGGUGAACACACACUUUUCUUUUCCCAUGCGGUUGGAUAUGUCUGGCUACGUGGAGAAAACCUUAAUGCCGCACCAUUAUCAGGAAGAGAAACGAAAAUCGCAGAUGCGGCGUUCACACUCCCGGAACGUCAGCGAAUCGUCAGCAACAGGAGAGGCGAAUCCGAGUGGAACAUCGUCCGGAUCGAAUGAUGAUAAUAGUAGCAGCAGUGCUAGCAGCAACAGCGGUAGUACUACCGGCAUUACGAGCACCAGCAGCGAGUGCAAUGUGACAAGCAGUAACUGCAACAAAACAAACGGACCGGCAGCAACAACGACGCCACUGGACAAGCAAGAGAGCGAAGACGUAGAGAUGAAUGCUGCUGGUUCAGUUGAGAAAAGAAGCGCCGAUGGGAAGAAUGACACAACGUCGAACGGUAAUCUUAGCGACAGCAGCAAUGGUGACCUGCAACGACAGCAGCAAACGAUGGAUGAGGAGGAAUCGGAAGAUUUCAACGAGAACUACGAGUACGAUCUAGUGGGUGUAACAGUGCACACCGGAAAUGCGGACGGUGGACAUUAUUAUAGUUUCAUCAAGGAAAGGAACGAAGAUGGCGACCCUAAUCACCAGGAACGCUGGUUUCUCUUCAACGAUGCAGAGGUGAAACUGUUCGAUCCGUCACAAAUAGCGGCAGAAUGUUUUGGAGGAGAAAUGACAAGUAAAACAUAUGAUUCGGUGGCGGAGAAAUAUUUGGAUUUUAGUUUCGAAAAAACAAAUUCAGCCUACAUGUUGUUCUACGAAUGGCGUUCGAACAAGGGUAAAAACGUACAGCGUGACCAAGUCGAUCAGCAACAGCAAGCAACAGCGUCACCGCGUGCGCCAGACACUCGAUCGGCUGGUGUAUCUAGCAACAACGUUGAUGAUGAGAAAAAAUCUCUCACUCACAGUACGAAAACUCCAUUGAAGUCCCAACCCAUCAAAAUUCCAAUGAAAUCUAGCAAUCCGAUUAAGCCGGAAAAAGAAGCUUGCGGAAUGCAGUCAGAAUCAAUUCUUUCCGGGCCAAAGGAGGCCAACACACCGUCGGUGUCAGACGUUGGAAAAUCCGCAAACAGAAAAACUGGAAUAACGCUUCCGAGUCCGAAUACAUUUUCUACGUCACAAAUGGCUUUUUCUUCGCCAUCGUCGUCCCAACAAGCGUCGGAUGCGGCAGAUUGUGGUUCUUCCUCGAAAGCUACAUCGAAUAAUGAUGCAACAACACCAGUGCAAGAGAAACAAUUAGAAGCAAGCAAAAACGCCUCUGCAGCACAAGAAGAACAGCUUGCAUCAAAUGUGGAGCCGUCAGUGCGGGAGGGUCAUUCGCCGCCUGCGUCUAUUGUAGCAGCGGGGGUAGAUGUAACAGCAAGUAAUGAACGUGACCAAGAGACUGAACAACAACAAUUCAUCCAACAACUUAGUGAAGUAGCUAAAGAAAGUAAUAACCUAAGUAAAUGUGAUAUAGAUACUAAGCUUGCUAGCACUGCUAGAAUACCACCAUCGACAACAUCAUCACAGCAGCCUGAAGUUGAAGUGACACCCACCACCAGGGUUAUCAGUCCUGCGCCAACGAUAGCGUCCCUUGCCAGCACUGCUUCGCUGUCACCAGCAUCUACCGCAUCAACGGCAUCAGUCACUUCGGCCGGUGCUGCUACGGCAGUCAUUGCGACACCACCUCCAACUAUCGGUGUACCGUCGGUUCCUGUGUCUGCUCCGAUGCAUCCGCUGAUCGUCCCUUUGGCAGGAUCUUCUUCUGCCACAUCUACUGUAUCAGCGGUGGUAUCAUCGUGUAUGGGAGCAUUGAGUGGGACCGGUGGACCGUCGGUACCACCACCGUCGGUGAUCGGUUUCCAGGGAUCAACAUCAUCUGCAACGUCACCGUCAGCUGUGCUACAUCAUAGCGUUGGCGCGGAAUCAGCACCGUCAUCGUACUCAUCAAUAUCAUCACUUUCCGCGCUAACGGCAACUGUCGGUGGAAAUAUAGCGCUACCGAUGGCAGCCGUCGUAGGACCUACACCGGGUGGGCCGGGAUCUUCUUUCAGUGCUGUUGCAUCGCACGCAGCAGUGUUACAGUCUUCGAGUUCGCCUGGUUGCUCGAGCGGAGGUGGUUCGGGGAGUGGUAGCAGUAGCAGUAGUGGUAGUAGUGGGUCAGGACUUGUGAUGGUGAAUCGUAUUAACCAGUCGAACAAACGACUUCGGCGUCGCCCACUGUCAAAGGAGCUAGAAGAAUGGAUAUGGCAAGAUAAUCGGCACUUCUUACAGGAUCGAAACAUCUUCGAGCACACAUACUUUAACUUUAUGUGGCAAAUCUGUGGUCACAUUCCUCAAAGCUUGCUGGCGUUGCCUGACAUAACGAGCAUUGCUGCACAGCUGUCGGUGUCGUUUUUCAUCGAGACAUUUAUACAUGCAAAGGAAAAGCCGACCAUGGUAUUGUGGGUAGAGUUGUUGACGAAGCAGUUUAAUGCCAGCCAAGAAGCUUGCGAAUGGUUUCUGAGUCAUAUGUCUGCAGAACCUUGGUGGCCUGUACAGGUGCUAAUACAAUGUCCCAAUCAAAUGGUUCGCCAGAUGUUUCAGCGUCUAGUGAUACAUGUAAUUCAGCGUUUAAGACAAAGUCAUUGCAACUUGUAUCUAAAGGCGGAGACGGAUAUGGAUGGAAAUGAAAUAAUCGGAAACGUAUCCUGCGUGACACGAUUCAUAAAAUCACUCAUCAUGCUGAUGGAGCAUGGUGCAAAAGCACACUCGAGACAUUUGUCUGAGUUUUUCGGUUUGCUGUACGAAUUUUCUCGUAUGGGCGAAGAGGAAGCACUGUUUUUGCUGCGCAUCAACGUAAUACGAAGUGUUGCGGAUUUCUACCUCGGUCACAAGGGACAGGAAUGUAUCGAUGCGAAUUCAGACAAUGAAGAAAAUUCAUCGGACGAAGCGUUAACCGUCGACAAAUCGCGACCAGCCUCGUUGGACAAAAUGAUCGCACUGGUGGCUUCUCUUGUGGAGCGAUCCCGAGGGCCUGAUUUGCGCUUACACUUGUCCGCACGUGAUUAUAACGCAAUCGCCGGCGGUAAGGGUUUCCCAUUCCUCUAUCAGCAGAUUAAGGACAAUAUAAAUCCGCAACAAACGCGCCAUCUAAUACAUGCGCUUUGUCGCUGUGACGAACGACUUGCUAGCCAAAUUAUAGCAAUGCUAUUCACUGCCGUCACCAAGCAUACGGAACUGUGCGGACCGUUUUUCAAGCUCAUUACUCUGCUCACGGAAUCUUCGGGCGGUCCGUCUGGGCUGCCGUGCUUCUCGCAGCUGGUGCUGCAGCGUGUGUGGGAUGCAGCCGAGUACUGUCCGCAGUCCGCGCUGGAUUGGUUGGCCGUGCAGGCACCGCGCAACAAGAUCGUUCAUAAUUGGAUCUUACAGUCCGCCGACAGCUGGGUGGAACGGUUUUUGCUGGCUCACGGAAAUGCAAGGGUCCGCAAUGCGGCCGCUUAUCUUUUGGUGUCUCUAGUGCCUUCGCAAAGCUUCCGGAACAACUAUCGGGCCACCUCGCACCAUAAGCUUACGAUGCACGUGUUUCAGCAUCGUGAAAUUUCCUGCGAAGCACAGCUUAUCCUGCACACCAUACUGAAUAUGUUGCUACUCCUGUUGCGUUCGGCCAGAAAUUAUACGGACAUUAAUCUACAUGGCACGAGCAAGUUUACCGCGUACUUCAACCUGCUUACUUACUGUCUGGUUUCGAAGACGGAGAAACUUAUGGUUGGACCCCACUUGAGAUCACUAUGGGAUCUGUUUCACCCGCGAUUAUCAGAACCGGCUGUACCGGCACAUCACAACAAGCAGGCGUUACUAGCGUUUUGGUAUCAGGCUACCCUGGAUUGUCCAGAGAAUGCGAGUCUCGUGGCAAACUGUCCGGACAUUACAAGGAACAUUGCAUUUAACUACAUUUUAGCUGACCAUGACGAUACGGAAAUCGUGACGUACAAUCGGGCUAUGCUGCCAGUAUACUACGGUUUGUUACGCAUGUGCUGCCAGCAAAGCCGGCUGCUUACCAGACAGCUAGCAGCGCAUCAGAAUUUGCAAUGGGCAUUUAAAAACAUUACGCCUCACCCAACACAAUACCCGUUGGCCGUCGAUGAACUUUUCCGCCUAAUGACCCUCUUUGCCCAGCGUCAUCCCGAUGCAAGCGAGGCCGAACAGCGCGAUGUAACCAUCUUCCGUCGCACAACGCUAACAGCCUACCUUAACGGGUUGGACGCCAGAGUAUCGUGGGGUACGUUAAUAGCGGCUCUACGUAUUCUCGUAGACAACGACGAUGAUCGAUUAUAUGUAGUGCUGAACGGUGGCAUAACGCUUUGUUUUGAUGCACUGCACACAUUGCACUCCAUGUACCACGAAGCGACCGCUUGUCAUGUGUUCGGCGAUCUACAGGAGUUGCUGACGGAGGUUAUUUUGCUCAUUAAUACGCUGCGUGCAAGUAGCCGCGAGCAGAAGAAGCGCCCACAACCAGCUUUGAUGAAGGGUCUUCCGGAAGCUGUCCGUCGAUUGGCAACGUUGCUUAACACAUUCAAUCCACCGGAGAUGCGUAAUCUAGCGUUAGAGGUGCUAAAGGAGCUGGUCAAAUGUGCCCCACCCGACAUAAUCACGACAGUGUUGGUACCACUACUGACCAGCUGUCAUGCACCGCACGUACAACAUCUGAUUCAUCCGGCAAACAGCAUGGCCGGAACCGUUGCGGCGACAACAUCUACCGCAGGAACCUCUGCCGCGUCGGCAUCAUCUUCAAUCGGUCCUCUUGGUUCGUACUUCCCAAGGCGGGGUAUGAAGGCGGCAUGGCCACCGGUGUCAAAAAAUACACCCCGUCCACCGAAAGCGAUGAUCCAGAUGAACAUUCCACAGGCGCAGAUAUGUGAAAAGGGUAUGGACAAGGAUUUCGAUCUUGCACUCGAACUGUUUUACCGACCGUACCACGAAUUCCUGGACAUCAUGUUCCGGGUAGCGGUGACCUCAAAUCACUUUAGUGAACCGUUAGUUCACCUUUCACUGCUGACCGGGAUUGAGGCUGUUGUGCUACACUUUAACAUAUUUGCCAAGUUUUGGGUUGGAAUUUACAACAAUAAAACAACGCACAGAUACGCUGAAAUGCUCAUAAAAAAUCCACUGCUUAUCGAUUACAUCGACAACGUUUUGAGAGACGAAAGACUGUCGCUUAACGAUCCUAUAAUAGCGAAUUUUAUCGAAAUCUAUUAUCCCAAGAUAAAAUCUCGCCUUGUGGUGCCACGCUUGCUAGAAUCCAUUUGUCAACUAUUACCGGACAAAAAUAAUCUGGAGGAUAUAUGUGGGGACCUGCAGGCGAUUCGCAUUAUCGGACAGCGUACGGGAAUACCGAGCUCGGUGAAGAGUGCGCUUCAGAAAUCGCUGCAUGCUGUACUGACAAAAUUCAAGGAUGAAAUCUACAGUGACGAAGAAAUACCUACGAAAAAACGGAAAGUGACUGUGCCACACAUAACCAUACAUCCAGUCGUACGAUCACCAUCCGCUAGUGUUGUUGCGCAAGGAACGGAGAGUGCGCAAACGGCAACGGCAAGCGUAUCAGAAGGAUCGAUAGUAAAAUCUAUGCGACUCAAGGAAAGUGUACCACCGUCCAUCGAAAUCACCGUACAAAACAAAGCAGGUGCUUCCUUGGGUGCUACUGGCAGUGUGAUAAAGCUGCCCUCCCAGACCGAAGCUUCUAACUCGGGGGGAACAGAGACUCGCAACCAGUCGUCGGCAUCGACGAGUGCAACCACGAUGCCAACUUCAGAAAUAGUAGACGCGGCUGAUAGUAAACUGUCUGGGUCCUCGGCGCAGCACGACAGUGGUAACGAUAAAGAGCGCAAUGUAAAAAACGAGGAAAGUAGUAGUGAGAAAACCGGCGGUGAUGAUCAAAGCACGACUGAAAUCAUUGGCCCAACGGUAAUGGAAACCAGUACAAGCGGUAGCGAUCAGAGCCAGCAGCAAAAGCAGCAGAAACAACAAGAACAGUAUCUACGUAAUUUGGUAAAAGACAUCGAGAGCCAUAUUGAGCUAAUAUUCGAAUGCUUGGAUGACGAUGAAGGUGAACAUACCAACGAAACUACCAACCAGAAGCAGCAGCAGUCGCACGACGAAACGGAUGAACGAAAAGCUGACGCCAGAAGAAAUGCGAUCGUAAAAGGAAGCCUGAGCCUGCAGCCAACUGAUGCAGCGGAGCAACGUGAUGAUAUCGGAGCAGUUAGCAGUAGCAACAGCGGCAGUUGUCAAUCGUCGUCAGCGGUCGAGAUAGUGGCAACCGGAACCUUGGAAACGGGAGAACAAACUGCUGCGAAACAUAACGUUGAUGGAGAACGAGAUACCAGCGAUAGUAGUAGCAGUAGCAGUGAGCUGCAGAAGAAGGCGAUUGUCCAAGAAUCAAAAGAAAUGGUAACCAGUACUGGAGGUGGUGUAGCUGAUGAGGCUACUUGCGGACCGCAGGACACCAGCAGUGACCAUUCCGCUAACGUACUGGAAGUGUGUCCAGAUAAAGAAGAUACUAAGAAUACGCCACCGAAUUCUGUAUCGAUUGAAGAUUGA